AUGACUAAAGACGCUACCGUUCCCCGGCCGGCGGGAGUCGAAGCCGUACACGGCAAGAAGGGUGUCUAUUUCACAGACGAAGAGAUACGAGACUUGGACCCGAAACUACAGUCGCGCAUUCGACACAACAGUAUCCCCGGCCCGUUCGGACUAAAGACGCAAGUUGUUUGGCUGAACGUAUACCUAAUGGUCGUUCUCCACGUGCUGUGGUUGUGGGGCGCGUACGUUGGUACGGGCGCCAAAUGGCAGUCUUUCGUCUGGUACGUUAUUCUGGGACUCGGUAGCGGGUUUGGGGUAACGGCCGGCGCCCAUAGACUCUGGACCCAUCGCAGUUACAAGGCCAAGCUACCGCUGAAGAUUGUACUGAUGUGUUUCGACUGUCUCGCCAUGCAAAACUCCGUCCUAGUGUGGUCACGUGACCACCGCCUCCACCACAAGUAUACGGAGACGGACGCGGACCCGCACAACGCAAACAGGGGGUUCUUUUUUGCUCACGUGGGCUGGCUGCUGAUGUUGAAACAUCCCCAGGUCCUCAUCAAGGGUCGAAACAUCGAUCUCGAGGACUUGAAACAAGAUCCCGUCGUCGCGUUUCAGGCCCGUUUCUACCUCCCGCUCACCAUUCUUUUCUCCGUCCUUAUUCCGAGUCUCGUUCCCUGGUAUUUCUGGAAUGAACCGGGCCACAUUGCUUUCCUCUUUCUCUUCGGUUUUCGCUACAUCACGUCCUUACACUGCACCUGGUUGGUGAACAGUGCGGCCCAUCUCUGGGGCGACCGUCCCUACGAUCGACACUCCAAAACCGCUGACAACGCCUUUGUCUGCUACGCUGCCGUCGGAGAGGGUUUCCAUAACUACCACCAUGCAUUUCCCUAUGACUAUUCGACGGGGGAAUGGGGCCCGAAGCUGAACAUGACGACUUGUUUCCUGGAUGUGUUUGCUGCCCUCGGACUCGUCUACGACCGGAGACAAGUCUCCCACGAGGCUAUUUUGAACAUGCGAAAGAGGAAAGGAGAUCUUUCGUACUAA